AUGUCGCUGUGGACGAGGUGGCAUGGACCCACCAUGGCGCGCCUCUGGAGCUUCUGCUGGCUGGCCCUGGGCUUGUGGAGGCCCGCUGUCGCCUGUCCCGCGUCUUGCACGUGCAGUGCCUCCCGGAUCUGGUGCAGUGACCCUGUGCCCGGCCUCAUGGCGUUCCCCAGGCUGGAGCCCAACAGUGCAGACCCGGAGAACAUCACCGAAAUCUUCAUUGCAAACCAGAAAAAGUUAGAAAUCAUCAAUGAAGAUGAUAUUGAGGCUUACGUGGGACUGAGAAAUCUGACAAUUGUGGAUUCCGGCUUAAAAUUUGUGGCUUACAAGGCGUUUCUGAAAAACAGCAACCUGCAGCAUAUAAAUUUUACCAGAAACAAACUGACGAGUUUGUCUAGGAAACAUUUCCGUCACCUUGACUUAUCCGAGCUGAUCCUGGUGGGCAAUCCGUUUACAUGUUCCUGUGACAUUAUGUGGAUCAAGACUCUCCAAGAGACCAAGUCCAGCCCGGAAACUCAGGAUUUGUACUGCCUAAAUGAAAGCAGCAAGAAUAUUCCCCUCGCAAACCUGCAGAUACCCAAUUGUGGAUUGCCAUCGGCCAGUUUGGCUGCCCCUAACCUCACUGUGGAGGAAGGAAAAUCCAUCACGUUGUCCUGUAACGUGGCAGGUGACCCGGUUCCUAAUCUGUACUGGGAUGUCGGUAAUCUGGUUUCCAAGCACAUGAAUGAAACGAGCCACACCCAGGGCUUUUUAAGGAUCACUAAUAUCUCAUCGGAUGACAGCGGGAAGCAGAUCUCCUGUGUGGCAGAGAAUCUUGUGGGAGAAGAUCAAGAUUCUGUCAACCUCACUGUGCACUUUGCACCGACGAUCACAUUUCUCGAAUCGCCCACGUCAGACCACCACUGGUGCAUUCCGUUCACUGUGAAAGGCAACCCCAAACCAACACUGCAGUGGUUCUAUAACGGGGCCAUCUUGAAUGAGUCCAAAUACAUCUGCACUAAGAUACAUGUAACCAAUCACACGGAGUACCACGGCUGCCUCCAGCUGGAUAACCCCACCCACAUGAACAAUGGAGACUACACUCUGAUAGCCAAGAACGAGUAUGGGAAGGAUGAGAGACAGAUUUCUGCCCACUUCAUGGGCUGGCCCGGCAUUGAUGAUGAUCCAAACCUGAAUUAUCCUGAUGUAAUUUAUGCAGAUUAUGGGACUGCAGCGAAUGAUAUUGGGGACACCACAAACAGAAGUAAUGAAAUCCCUCCCACAGGCGCUGCCGACAAUGCAGGUCGAGAACAUCUCUCGGUUUACGCUGUGGUGGUAAUUGCGUCUGUGGUGGGAUUUUGCCUGCUGGUGAUGCUGUUUCUGCUAAAGUUGGCAAGACACUCCAAGUUUGGCAUGAAAGAUUUCUCAUGGUUUGGAUUUGGGAAAGUAAAAUCAAGACAAGGUGUGGGCCCAGCCUCAGUUAUCAGCAAUGAUGAUGACUCCGCCAGCCCGCUCCACCAUAUCUCCAAUGGGAGUAACACCCCCUCCUCUUCAGAGGGCGGCCCCGAUGCCGUCAUUAUUGGAAUGACCAAGAUUCCCGUCAUUGAAAACCCCCAGUACUUUGGCAUCACCAACAGCCAGCUCAAGCCAGACACAUUUGUUCAGCACAUCAAGCGACAUAACAUUGUUCUGAAAAGGGAGCUAGGAGAAGGAGCCUUUGGAAAAGUUUUCCUAGCUGAAUGCUAUAACCUCUGUCCUGAACAGGACAAGAUCUUGGUGGCAGUGAAGACGCUGAAGGAUGCCAGCGACAAUGCACGCAAGGACUUCCACCGCGAGGCGGAGCUGCUGACCAACCUGCAGCACGAGCACAUCGUCAAGUUCUAUGGCGUCUGUGUGGAAGGCGACCCGCUCAUCAUGGUCUUCGAGUACAUGAAGCAUGGCGACCUCAACAAGUUCCUCAGGGCGCACGGGCCGGACGCUGUGCUGAUGGCCGAGGGCACGCCGCCCACGGAGCUGACGCAGUCCCAGAUGCUGCACAUUGCGCAGCAGAUCGCCGCCGGCAUGGUUUACCUGGCUUCCCAGCACUUUGUGCACCGCGACCUGGCCACCCGCAACUGCCUGGUCGGGGAGAACCUGCUGGUGAAAAUCGGCGACUUCGGGAUGUCCCGGGACGUCUACAGCACCGACUACUACAGGGUCGGUGGCCACACAAUGCUGCCCAUUCGCUGGAUGCCUCCGGAGAGCAUCAUGUACAGGAAGUUCACCACCGAGAGUGACGUCUGGAGCCUGGGGGUCGUGUUGUGGGAGAUCUUCACCUACGGCAAACAGCCCUGGUACCAGCUGUCAAACAACGAGGUAAUAGAAUGCAUCACUCAGGGCCGGGUCCUGCAGCGGCCUCGCACCUGUCCCCAGGAGGUGUAUGAGCUGAUGCUGGGGUGCUGGCAACGAGAGCCCCACAUGAGGAAGAGCAUUAAGGACAUCCACACCCUCCUUCAGAACUUGGCCAAGGCAUCUCCAGUCUACCUGGACAUUCUAGGCUAG